AUGUUCAACGAUAUCAGCAAGCCUCCUCCUCCACUGCCGAGCCCGGAGCCCACAGAGGUCAUGCCCGGCGUGACUCUCCUCCGGCCUCUGAGUCGCCGCGGCACUGGUCCCGGGAUGAUUAUCCUAACACACGAAUACAAGGACUCGUUGGCCAUCAAAGGGGGCGUGCCAUCACCGUUGGUCAAAUGGGCAGAGGAAGGAUAUGCUGUCAUUGAGAUCCAGGCCACAGCACUCGGCACUGGUGAGGAACAUAUUAUCAAAUCUGCUCUCAAGGCCCUCAGAGAUUGUGACAAAUGCGAACCAAAUGACAAGGUUGGGCUGGUUGCCUACGAGCCCGAACUUUGGAAUACAGUGGCAUCAACACUUUCAAACCACCCUUGCAUCGUUGCGGCGGCCGUGUAUGCAGACGCACCUGAUGAGACUCCAUCCAAGUCUCUUGCUGGUGUAUCGAUCCCAGUAAUACACCACCUCGCUGGCAAAGGCCCGGCGGUACCGCCGAAGUCAGAUGUCUUGAAGAAGGAGUACUUCUACCCUAAUACUAACUCGUAUAAAUUUGCUACCCCUUUCCAAGCCUCUUUCCACUAUAAUACCGAGAGCAUCUCUCAUACUCGAAACCUUACUCUCUUGAAAGAGAAGAUGGGGGGUCCAUAUUUCGAUUUGGAGACUAUCUGGGAAGAGCAUACUUAUUAUGAGUUUGCGGACCGGUCCAUGGAACAUACCAUGAGUACUAUGGUCCAAGAGCCAUACGUGAACCACGUACCUACAAUGACCGGCGGCAUUGGCCGCGAGGCCCUAUCUCAUUUCUACCAACACAACUUUAUCUUCAACAAUUCUGCGGAUACCGAGUUAGAAUUGAUUAGCCGAACCAAAGGAAUUGACCGCAUCAUUGAUGAGUUCAUUUUCAAGUUCACCCACGACCAAAUGAUCGAUUGGAUGCUACCUGGCGUGCCUCCCACGAACAAGAAAGUUGAGAUUCCUUUCACAGCCGUAGUUAAUAUCCGUGGUGAUCGGCUAUACCAUGAACAUAUAGGUUGGGACCAGAGCAGCGUCUUGCGACAGCUUGGCCUCUUGCCCGAGUACCUUCCUUUCCCAUAUCCCCUGCCAGAGGAAAUGGGGGCAGCUGCAGGCAAAAAUUUUGAGUACCGCCUACCGGUAGCAGGCAUUGAGACUGCACACAAGAUGAGGGAUAGAAAUGCUGGCCUAUCGAACGAAAUGUUCAAGUUCAAGGUUCGCAAGGUAUGA